AUGGCGGAAAAUUCUGCAGGAAGCUCCAAAACGCUCAAAAAUGGCGAACGUUUAUUACCUUCCGAAUUGAAAGAAGAAAUCUUCGCAAAACUCCCUGUGAAAGACAUUCUACGUUCUCGAAGCGUGUGCAAACCCUGGAAAACGCUGAUCGACAACCAAGAAUUCAAGAAAAAGCUCUUUGAAGAAGCAAAACGCUCAAAUUCAAAACUCAUUAUAUGGCGUAAGAGCUUUUCAUCCCUUGAACCCACUCUCCAAAUCCUCUGUCCUCCUUUUAACAGCGUUUCACCUCCAAUUGAAAUUAAUCUUAGUCAAUUUCUUGAUGAUUCUGUUUUUGAUGAUUCUGAUAUUAUGAUUGUUUCAUCUGGGGGUGUUGUUGAUAAUCUUGAUUUUAAGAAAUUUGGGGUUGUUGAUGGGAUUGUUUGUUUGGGUUGGAAUUCAUUUGUUGUUGUUUGGAAUCCUUAUACUAGGGAAUUUAAGAGGUUUAAUGCUCCUAAAAAGGAUUGGGUUUUUGAUUUACUUGAAGAUUCUGGGAUUAAUUAUGAUGUUUUUCUUAAUGAUCAAAUUUGUGCAUUUGGGUUUGAUCCAAUUGAGCAAGAUUACAAGUUUUUGAUUGCUCAUUUUACUUCUGCUUUGAUAAAUGAUGGGAAUUGUAAGAAUAAGGUGUUGUUUCAGCUGUAUUCUGUGAGGAAUAAUGCUUGGAGAGGGGCCGUUUUCGACUUCCCGUUCAUUAAUGGGGUUGUUACUGGUGAUGGGUUUAUGAAUGAUGGGAAGUUCUAUUGGUUUGUUAAGAAAUGUGGUGAGAAGAUGGAGAAUGGUAGUUUUAGUCCUGCUGUUAUUGCUUUUGAUUUUUGUAACGAGGUUUUCGAAGUGAUCAAAUUGCCUGUGGAAUUAGCUCGUGGAGAUGACACGAUUGCUGUGGCUAAUCGCGGGGUUUUGGAGAUAAUCUUGAGUUACGACGAUGAUAGGAAAGAGGAGGGUUCGCGCAGUGAGGUUUGGGUUAUGGGAGAUGGUGGAUCAUGGAGCAGGACAUUGAGUGUUGAUCUGCCUUGUAUGGUUGAUAGACCUAUUGGAGUAUUGAAGGAUGGUGAGAUCAUGUUUGAAAAACCGAGUAGGGUAGAUGGAGUUAAGGAGCUUGUGUUGAUUGAUCCUGCUACUGAUUCGUGUAAGAAACUUGGCCUUGAUGGAACAGAACUUUGGAUGUUCAACUAUGUUCAAAGCUUAUUCUCAAUCAAGCAAUGA